CGCGCUGGAACUUCUAGCGGACAGGACGACUGAUCUAUCCAGCGUGUAGUGGGAUGAAACAGCAAACCACUGCUCUCUGAAGGUCGAUGUUUACUUCAUUUAUUCAUGUUUGAUUCCUAUAUCGUAAUAAAUCCUGAUGGCAGAAGCCCGGCGUGAGGAAGAGGAGGAGGAGGAGCGCAAAGAGCUGCGGGACAGAACCCCAACAACAGAUUGUCCUGAAAGAACCAAGCCGGAUCAUUUGCAGUGCAGUCAAGGACCUCUGUCUUCUAUACGAGCUGCUAUCAAACGAACAAGAACAAACUCUCAGAGUGACAAUACCAGAGACAGAAGGCGACCAGAGAUCACCAUCGUCUCAGCAGAACCUCUGGCCAGCAACAGCUGGUUCUCAGGAAAAUCUGUGGUUUUCCCUCCUCCUCAGUCUGGCUGGUCUGCAGGCAUCCCAGCUGUCUCCCAGCCCCCACCAUCCUAUGACCAGGUGAUUAAAGAGAAGAACCAGGAGGAACAUAUUGUAAAGCCCACUGCAGCCCCACGCCGGACCUCCUGCACCACCACCAGCGCCACCCAGACCGACCCCGUGAGGGAAAACGGCUCCACCACCGUCCCACAAUGCACUGCAACUCCACCGUUAGCUGAGAAAAGAUCUGCUGGUAAAAAGCCACAGAAACCACCGAGACCCUCAUUACCAAAACCAGCAAACAGAAAACCUGAAACAGAACAGAAGGUUGCAGCAAACACUGAGGGCCAAAGUGAAAUAAAGUCCGAUGUAAAGCCACUUGAAAAAGCAGAAUCCACUCAUACAUGCACCAGAUCUGUCACUGUACACUGGAAUAUUCCUACAAAUCCUCUUUGUGUCACUGUUGUUGAAACUACUCCUUCUACAAACUCAGAACACAGUCAACCGCCCGUUCCACGUCCUCGAACAAAAUCCCGAAAGCAGGCAGUCGAAGAGGAGGCCCCGGUCCAGACUUUGGUGAAGCUUGGUGAAAACUUUGCCAACAUUCAAUCUGAUCCCCAAGAGACCUCCUCCUAUAAAUAUUUAAAGGAGUUAUUGGAGGUCUUUAGUGCAGAUUUCGAGUGUGAGGAGAACCAGUCGGACGAGCCCUCUUAUGGUGAAGAUGCUGCUGGCGAGAUGAGCACCAACCACAGUCAGCGUAACAUCCGGGCCAGGAUCCAGGCCUUUGAGAGCCAGGCCGAGGAAGGAAAUGUGUCCGAACCAGUCAAACCAGAGCCUUGGCCCAGGAAGAGCACCAGAAAACCCCCAGUAGCUGCUAAACCUUCUGUGGCUCUUAAACCUCAGUUUAGUGAGAUUAUAGAAGAUGAUAAUCAAAACGUAUCAUCCGUUCACACCCCUGAAAACCCCACACAAGCCCCCAGACCUCAGCCCCCUAAGAAACCGGCGGGACUGUCCAUAAAGGAGGAGCUGGAGACGAUCCACAGCAGGGGGGCCCUUCCUCAGAGAUCACGUCCUUCUGUUCUGACCAGAGCCAACAGCAUCCACGAUGAAGAGCCGUCACCACUUCCACCUGUACCGCCAGCGAAGCCUUUCAAGGAGCCACUGAAACCCAACCUGAACAUAAACAACCACAACUCAUCGUCUAUGUCCAGAGAGAACGAGUACGUGGACAGUCCAUCGAAUCACGUCCCGAUAAAACCUCAGCACAGUGUGGACAGCAAUGGAGGCUCCUUCAGCAGACCAAGUCUAGCAAAAAGACCAACCACCAUCAGGGUCCCCAGCAAAACCGGUUCAAUGUCAGAUAAUUUCCAGGACGGCCCUCCUCCUCCUCUCCCGGCUCAGAAGCCCGUCGGCUCCCUAAACACCUCAGUGAAGCACAAACAAAGCCUGACAUCCAGCCUCUCCCUCCAGGAAUCUUUCAGCACUGGGCCGGAGCCAUCGCUGCCAUCGCUACCACCGCGGAAGCCCAGUGUGAAAAAAGCCCUCCCACCUCGCCCACCUCCAGCCAAAACAGGGCCUGGUCGAUCUCUCUCAGCGUCAUGGGAGGCGUCACCCAAACCCCAUGCACAGAAGCCCCACAGGAAGCAACCCGUUCUGCCUCCGAGGCCCAAACCAGGCCACCGGCUCUACAACAACUACACUCUUCCGCUUCCUCAUGGGGUUGCCGCCUUUGACUUCAACGGGAGUACCACAGGAGAACUGUCAUUUCAGAAAAAUGAAGUGCUUCUGCUGCUGGAGCAGACGGAUCGCGAUGAGUUCGAGUGCCAGAUCGGAGACAUCCGAGGCCGAGUGCACAAGUCUCGCAUGAAGAUCAUAACUCCUCUCGGCUCAGACAUGUCUCCAGCACAGGGGGCUGGUCCAGCUGCUGCAGGUGGAGAUGAUUAUGGGAUAAAGGUGCAGGCUGUACAUGACUUCACUCCAGAGGGUCCAGGAGAGCUGGUUCUGAGAGCAGGAGACGUAGUGACCAUGGUGGAGCAGGUGGACAGCGAGUGGUACAGAGGAACCUGCAGGGGAUCUACUGGUUUCUUCCCCAUCAAUUAUGUCAAAAUCCUAUCAAAUUCACCAAAGCCGUUCCCUGAAAGGAAACCAAAGCCCCCAUCUACAUCAGUCAGCGGUCCGAGGUGUGUGGCACGAUUCGACUUUGAGGGCGAGCACAGCGACGAGCUGUCGUUUACUGAGGGGGACGUAAUCCAGCUGAAGGAGUACGUGGGGCAGGACUGGGCACGAGGGCAGGUCGGCGCCAUCACCGGCAUCUUCCCCCUGAACUUUGUGGAGGUCGUUGAAGAUCUGCCUCCACCCCCGAGUCAGCUGCAGUCUGCUAUGAUAGCCCUGCCUGGAAUGGCCGCUGCUACUCCCAGUACACAUACUCAAGCUGCCAAACCUGCUCAGUCCGGUGUGGAGUGGGUGGUGGCUCUGUACGACUAUGCAGGAAACUCAGAGGACGACCUGUCCUUCCAGCAGGGCGACUGUAUCCUGAUCACCCAGCACAUCAACGCCGAGUGGAGCUGUGGGAGGCUCAGCGGCAGAGAGGGGUUGCUCCCCAGAGCUUUUGUCGAGGCCACCACAGACCAGCAGUCUUCUGAUAACCACCAGAAUGGAGCUGCUGAAGGGCCGAGAGCCAGAGCUCUGUACAACUUCACAUCGAACUGUGAUGAGGAGCUCUCACUGCAGGUUGGGGACGUCGUCACCAAUCUAGAGUCUGUUGAUGAAGAAUGGUUUUUGGGGGAUUUAAGAGGAAGACGAGCACUAGUCCCUAAAAACUACGUGCAAGUACUGUGAUAGAUUCACAUGGCCUAUGUUUUUUUUUUUUUUUUUAAAAAAGGGACACAGAUGGAUGAGCUAAACUGGGAUCUUGGGUUGUUUUCAGCAGCUGAAGCCUGUAUUUAACUGCCUUUGACGCAGUGCAUCUUUUCUCUUAUGCAGCAUUGAUAGUGUUUACUGAAUAAUUUAUACCAAUAAAUAUUAAAUAUGG